AUGCAGCUCCUCGGCGCGGCUCUGCUGCUCGCCCUGGCCGGGGCCGCCGCCCCCCCUCGCCCCCCCAAGCCCCUCUUGCCCAUCCAGCCCGAGUCGGAGCCCCUUCCCUCCAAGGGGGUGGCAGGUUGCUCAUUCGGGGGCAGAUUCUAUGCCCUGGAGGAUACUUGGCAUCCGGACCUGGGCGAGCCCUUUGGCGUCAUGCAUUGCGUGGUGUGCUACUGUGAACCGCAGAGGAAUCGCCGUGGGAAGCCGACGGGGAAAGUCAGCUGCAAGAACAUUAAGCAUGAGUGCCCCACCCCUCCGUGUGUGGAUACUAUCCUGCUGCCGGGACACUGUUGCAAAACUUGUCCAAAGGCUGAUCGCGGCGUCCCCGAAAAGAGACCCGCCGAGCCGCUUUUGGACAACUUCGAGUAUUUCCAGGAUAAAGAAGACGAUUUGCACAGGAACUACAACGACCGGGCUUAUCUCAGCUCUGAAGACUUGGCGCGGGAUGACAGCCGCACAGAUUUUGUGGCGCUGCUGACCAGCGGCUCGGAGCCGUGGGUGCCCGCGAGCAGCGCGGUGGCGAAAGCCCGAUUCUCUCUCGUCCGCUCUUCCCUGCUCUUCUCCAUCAACUACGAGAGGCUGGGUCAGCCGAGCCGAGUCCGUUUCACAGAGCCCGAAGGGACCGUCCUCUUCGAACACCCCGUGCAGAAGGGCGCCUCUCCCCAUGACGGCAUGAUCUGUGGCGUCUGGCGGAACCUGCAGAAGUCCUCCAUCCGGCUGCUGAAGGUGGAUCAGCUGCGCAUAUCCCUGGUCACCAAGUCCCACCCCGCAGGCGAGAUCCGAGGCAAAAUCAUGAAACACCGGGCACUCUUUGCAGAAACCUUCAGUGCUAUCCUGACUUCUGUGGACGCCACCCACCUCGGCAUGGGGGGCAUCGCUAUGCUGACCCUGAGCGACAUGGAGAACAACCUGCAUUUUGUCCUAUUGACCAAGGGUUUGCUGGAGUCAGCAGACAAGAAAUCCCCUGGGAUCCCCCUGAGGGUGCAGAUCCUGCACCAGGAAAGAGUCCUAAGGGAGGUCUCAGCCAACGUCUCCUUGCAGAACCCCGACUUUGCCGAGGUGCUGACGGGCCUGUCGAGUGAAGAGAUGCUGUGGCUGGCGCAGGGGCAGCUGAAGAUCGCCGUGGAGGUAGAGGGCCGAUUCCGGCGCCAGAUCGCCGGUCGCGUCACUGCCAGGACCAGCUGUGACACCAUCCAGAGUGUGCUGUGUGGAAGAGAUGCCCUGAUGCCCACCCACACAGGGGCCGUGGGUUCUGCCAAACUCACAUUGCACUCAAACGGGACUUUGGAGUACGAGGUCCAGGUGGCAGGCACUGGAAGCGAGGUGAUCGGCAUCACAUUGGAGACCAAACCACGGAGGAGGAACAAGCGCAACGUCUUGUAUGACAUAACGCACAGCUACAGAGAUGGGACGGCCAGCGGGGCCUGGGAACAAGUGAACGGGCGCGAGGUUCACAUGCUGCUGCAGAAUGAGCUCUUCCUCAACGUGGCGACCAAGGAUUUCGAAGAGGGGGAGCUGCGAGGUCAGGUCAACUCCCUGCUGUACAGCGGACUCCCGGCACGACACCGAGAGCUCCCCAUCCCCCUCGCGGGCCACUUUGUGUCCCCUCCGGUGCGCACGGGAUCUGCUGGCCACGCCUGGGUGUCCUUGGAUGAUCACUGCCACCUGCACUAUGAAAUCGUGGUCGCCGGCCUCGGCAGGGCCGAUGACGGAACCGUCAGUGCCCACCUGCACGGCUUUGCCGAGCUGGGUGAGCUCCAAGACAGCAGCAGCCGGGAACACAAGCGACUGCUUAGGGGCUUCUAUGGCACAGAGGCCCAAGGGGUGGUGAAAGACCUGGAUCCGGAGCUGCUUCGUCACCUGGCCCAGGGGACAGCGUUCCUGCAAGUCAGCACCAAAGCGAAUCCUCGAGGGGAAAUCCGGGGGAAGGUACACAUUCCAAACCACUGUGAGGCGGGGGGCAUCCGAUUGGCCCCUGAAGACCCAGAGGACCCACGGCCAGGCGAUCCCGUCCCCAAGAACCCCGAAGAGCUGAAGAAAGACCCCAACUCCUGCUUCUUUGAAGGACAGCAUCGAGCUCACGGCUCCCGCUGGACCCCAGACUAUGACAAGAGAUGCUCUGUCUGUAGCUGCCAGAAGCGCACCGUCAUCUGUGACCCGGUCCUGUGCCAGCCCCUCAACUGUUCCCAGCCGGUGCACCUGGAGGACCAGUGCUGCCCUGUGUGUGAAGAGAAGAAGGAAAUCCUAGAAGGGCAGAGAGCUGAGAAGGCCCGGGACAGCAGUGAAGGUUGUUACUUUGACGGUGACAAGACGUGGAGAGGCGCCGGCACCCACUGGCACCCCGUCGUCCCCCCUUUCGGCCUCAUCAAAUGCGCCAUUUGCACGUGCAAGGGAGCCACUGGAGAAGUGCACUGUGAGAAGGUGCAGUGCCCGCGCCUGACCUGCAGCAACCCCAUCCGUGCCAACCCAUCCGACUGCUGCAAGCAAUGCCCAGCCUCUGAGCAGAGUCCCGUCGCGCUGUCGGACAUGAUGCAGGCUGACGGGCCCAGGGCUUGCCGGUUUGGGCGCCAGUGGUACAUGCACAACGAGAGCUGGCAUCCCGCCGUGCCCCCCUUCGGGGAAAUGAAAUGCAUCACCUGCUGGUGUGUGUCUGGGGAAACGCACUGCCAGCGUCAGGAAUGCUCCCCUGCCUCUUGCUCCAGAGAAGGGAGGACAGAGGACGCCUGCUGCUCCAAGUGCCAAGUGCCAGAAGACCUUCCCAAAGAAGCGCCAGAGACGCUCCAAGAAGAGGCCAAGAAUUCCUGGCGACGCUAGCUGGCCGGCUGGAGCCAGGAGGCCGGCGUGGCGCACCCGAGG